CACACAGACCUGAGCGACGGGAAUCCGCACAGUUAAACUGGACCUUUCGGAGGUUUAAUACCACAGAUAGCGGGAUCUCUGAAAUACAUGUUGGAUAUUUUAUCGGACUCCAGAUAAGAGGUUUUUUUUGGGAUAUUUUUCUUUAAAAAUUCCGAGUUUUUUUUUUAUGUUCGUUGCUGAAACUCAACUAACGCUAGCAGUGUUAGCAGGCUAAGGUAGUUUAUGCUAAGCUAAUAUUCCGUAAACAGGCUGCGGAUGAGCAACUGUUCGCUAUGUGUUUCCUCAAAUAUAUUUUUUUAUAGUUUAAAAAAAUCCAAAAAUUAUUAUUAUUUUCUGCAGUGAGUGGUCUGGACUGAGGUAGGCUUUAAAUGUCUCGCGCGUUUAUUCAUUUUUGACAGCUAGCGUUAGUUAGCAAGCUAAUGCGAUAUUAGCAUCGCUACAGCACAACAAUUAACAAAAUAUAGACAUUUUAUUUCCUCAAAAGUCAAUUCUGGUUUGUUUUCCCAUACAUAUAUAGAUAUUUAAUAUUCGUGUUCUUUGUUCAGAACGAGCUUUGUUAUUUUGCGAAAUGCGUUUAGCUAGCACACAAUGCUUAGCGAGUAAUGCUAACUGAUUAGCACUCAGGCUGUCUUUUAUCUCCUCAGUGUUUAAACCUCUCACAAAUUACUUCGUGUGUUUUUGGAUAAUAAAAAAAAUAUCUAUAUAAGAGCGGGAGUCUGAUGUGAGCUAGCCGGUGUAGCUAGCCUGGACGCUGUGGGUCCUGGAUGAAUUUAUUCGCUUUUAUGAGACCGAGUGAAGUGCUGGAGCUUGUGGCUCUGAUGUGAGCAGGAUGGGCUCUCAGGGCAGCCCGGUGAAGAGCUACGACUACCUGCUGAAGUUCCUGCUGGUGGGAGACAGUGAUGUGGGGAAAGGAGAGAUCCUGGACAGUCUGCAGGACGGAUCUGCGGAGAGUCCAUACGCAUACAGCAGCGGAAUCGACUACAAGACGACUACGAUCCUGCUGGACGGACGGCGCGUGAAGCUGGAGCUGUGGGACACGUCAGGCCAAGGCCGCUUCUGUACCAUUUUCCGUUCCUACUCCAGAGGUGCACAGGGCAUCCUGUUGGUGUAUGACAUCACUAACCGCUGGUCCUUUGAUGGGAUUGACCGCUGGAUUCGAGAGAUAGAUGAGCAUGCUCCUGGCGUUCCUCGAAUCCUGGUGGGGAACCGGCUGCACUUGGCAUUUAAGCGUCAGGUUCCCACGGAGCAGGCUCGCUCCUACGCCGAGAAGAACGCCAUGACCUUCUUUGAAGUGAGUCCGCUCUGCAACUUCAACGUCAUCGAGUCGUUCACGGAGCUGUCGCGCAUUGUGCUCAUGAGACACGGAAUGGAGAAGUUCUGGAGGCCAAACCGAGUGUUCAGCCUGCAGGACCUGUGCUGUCGCGCCAUCGUCUCCUGCACGCCGGUGCACCUGAUUGACAAGCUGCCGCUCCCCGUCGCCAUCAAGAGCCACCUGAAGUCCUUCUCGAUGGCCAACGGGAUGAACGCGGUCAUGAUGCACGGACGCUCGUAUUCGCUGGCCAACAGCGGCGGCAGCAAAGGCAACAGCCUGAAACGCUCCAAAUCCAUCCGACCGCCGCAGAGCCCGCCUCAGAACUGCACGCGCAACAACUGCAAGAUCUCCUAGCCUGGAACAGUUGGGUGGGGAUCCAAGCUCCGCCCCUAAAAGCUUCCUUGGGACUCUCAGGAGAAUACGACGGAUCAUAUCCGCUGCAGUUAAUCAUACUACUACAACACCGUGUUACACCCACACACACAGCUCGCUGAACACAUCCUGCGUCCAUCCCUCUGUCUGUCUGGAGAAUCUGCACAGAAUCAGCGCUCAGACAACCCAGAGGUGGCCAGGUUCUUCACUCAGCUGGUUAAGCUUCGGUUCGUUAACAGCAUGUUUUUCAGUUCCAAGAAGUUUGAAUAAACCCGCCGGAGGUUUCGAUUCGUUUCUCUUGGCUGAUGGAUGGCUCGUCAUAAACACGGCCGCGUCCUGCUCGCCAUGCCACAUGACGGUUUAGAAGUGCUAGCGUAACUGAAUUGCAUUGUGAGGUCGUGGUUCACACAUUGAUGAACGCUGAUAGUGUGACUGUAUUUUGUUUGAUUUCAAUAAUUUCUGGAAAAAAUCUCACGUCCUCCGGGGAAUGGUCCGUUUGAGAUCUCCCGCUCUCACAGAGACACGUCCUUCUUUUCAUCUGCCUUUUCUUUUCUUUUCUGCUCUUUUCUUUUAUAUGUAAAUGCACAUCGUGGUCUUGCAUCAUAUAGAUUUUAGUGGAACACGUACCCGUCUGCGCUAAGCCCUUGUGCCAAACCACCUGUCUGUCUAAUCUGGCAUUGUUUAAUUUUUUUUGUUUCGUUUGAAGGGGUACUCCGGUGCUUUUAAGUCUAAUCUCGCCCGCUGUACAUCUGUAGUGUUUGUGUGAUGAUCAGAGAUAACAAGUUUCAACAUAUUUCCCUGUACGGAAUAACUCGCUCACAGUUAAAGUUUUCCUUAUAAACAUGUUUUGCUCGACUUUAAGGAUAAUUGAACAGGUUUUGUGGGGUUUAUUCCUAAUCAGAUCAGGGCAUCUUGUUGAUACUUGUCUGCAAUAAUCACACUCACACACACAGACCUCAGAUGUGUUAGUAAAAGUGCUGGAGUAUUUCUUUAAAUGCAUCAGGUUGAGGCGUAUCAGACCCAGUCCUGUUACUUUCAGUGUUUCUGUAGCAGUGUUAAAAUCAUGGCCUUUUAAUGAUUACUCGAUCUAUUUAAAAAGUUUCAGAGAGGAGAACUUGAAUAUUGUAAUAAUAUAAACAUUAUAAAUAUUAAGCACAAACCCUGUAACAACUGUAUUUUUUUUAAAGAGCAAUCAGACCCGGACAACCAAUGCCCCCACCCCCUGCAGUCCUGAUUAUUUUGUUAAAUUAUUUACGAUCUCCGUGAAAGGAGCAGCGACUUCUUUUGAACCCUGAUAAAUAAUGAAUUUCCGCAGAUCAUCGAAAACGCCGCAUGAAGUCUUCGAGAUCUUUCUCUCUGUCUAUCUCAGGAAUUUUGCUGGAAAUAAAUAAAUAAAUAAACAAACCCAGAUCGAUAAACAUGCCACGGUAUGAAUCGAACGUCUGCUUUACCCUUAAGCUGUAUGCAUCUUCUGUCCUUGCAUUCAGCGAGAAACGGAGCAAAGCAGGACAUCUGCACAUGAUCUGCUUGAGACCGAAAUGUGAUGGUGUCCUGUGUGAGAAUGUGUGUUUAGAGAGAGGUGACCACUGUUCAUCAUUUAGUAAAGUUAUAAUCGGCCUACAGUCAUGGUUUAGUUCGUAAUAUUUGUUCUGGAGAGCUUAGAUAGAAGUCGUCUUGGGGGUUCUGUAUCGUACGGUCGGGCUUUGCAUUGCAUUGCUUUUUUUUUUUGUUUGUUUGUUUUGGUGCCUCUAGUUUUAAUCUUUUGCCUUUUCCUGAAUCUCUUUUAAAUCGCUUUAAAUCAUGGGAAGUGUUUUCCAAACGCAGAUUAAACCUGGUAAUAAAUUCAUGAUUGAUGGAUUUUGGUUUAGGUUGAAUCUGUGUGGAAAAACAUGUCCUGUGGUGUUGGGUAAAUAAAAUGAAAGGGAAGAACAAUGUGAAUGCAAUGAGCACACAGUUGUAAACACUAUUUUUUUUCUUCUCGGGUGUAAGCUAAAAGCUGCUGAGUAAUUUAAGGAAUCAGUAAAAAUGUUCUUGGAACGAAGAACCGAACCGUUUUUAAAUUAUUGACUGUACAGUUCUUAGUGUAUGAAGAAAAGAUGCCUUUUUCACAAUAAAAAUCAGUUCAUUUCA